AUGGUUUACCCAUUGCUGUUCCCCUAUGGGGAUCAAAGCUGGGGAAUUGACAUACCUUUGCAACACAGACCACAAGCCUUAUUAGGCUUAACAAAUCAGUCACAAACUCCUAGAGUGAGGGUAAGCCAAAUGCAAUACUAUGGCUACCGUCUUUCCAUCAGAGACAUAUAUAACCCCUUCUUAAAUGCUGGCCGCCUAACACAGCAAUAUAUAGUUGACGCAUAUGUCAAAACAGAAGCCAACAGACUCAAUUAUGUCCGCCAAAAUCAACCAAAAUUGCGAGUAGAAAAAUACUCUGGAUUAAUGGACCAUUUAAAUAAUGAAGCCAAUGAGGCAGGCCUGAUUCCUGGAAAAACCUAUAUUUUGCCUUCCUCAUUUGCUGGUAGCCCCAGAAACAUGCUACAAAAUUAUCAAGACGCAAUGGCAAUUGUCAGGAAAUAUGGUAAACCUGAUCUUUUUAUUACAAUGACGUGCAGCCCCAAAUGGGAAGAGAUUGUUAAUAACCUACAACAUGGUCAAACUGUUGAUGCACGACCAGAUUUAGUUGCAAGAGUAUUUCACCUAAAACUGAAAGCUCUAAUCGAUGACAUCUGUAAAACACAGAUUUUUGGGGUACCAGAAGCCAUUGUGUACGUGAUAGAAUUUCAAAAAAGGGGUUUGCCACUUGCUCACAUACUACUCAUUCUUAAAGAUGACAAAAUCCUGGACAUACAAAUUACUCCUCGGUUAUAUGCAAUUAUAACAAAACAUAUGAUUCAUGGCCCAUGCGGAGCACACUAUCUUAAUUCUCCAUGUAUGACAAAUGAAAAAUGCGCAAAGGAUUUUCCAAAGCAAUUCCAGCAACAAACUAUUGCCAAUAGCAAUGGCUAUCCCAAAUACAGAAGACGAAACACAGGCCAAAGUUCAAUUGUGAACGGCAAGACAAUUGAUAAUAGUUGGGUUGUACCAUAUAAUCCAUAUCUAGCCCUGAAGUACAAUUGCCACAUUAAUGUUGAAGUCUGUGCUUCUGUGAAAAGCGUCAAAUACCUUUUCAAAUAUGUGUACAAAGGCCACGAUUGUGCUAAUGUUGUGAUUCAAGAACAAGGCACUUUGAAUCACGAUGAAAUAAAGACCUUCAUGGAUUCAAGGUAUUUCAGCGCUCCAGAAGCAGCAUGGCAUCUGAAUGGGUUUGAAAUGCAUUAUCAGUCCCAUACUAUCCAUAGGUUAGCGGUGCAUCUGCCUGACAAACAAUCGGUAUUUUUCAACCCCAAUGACAUUAGCACAGCGGCCCAAAGAGCUUCAAACCGCGAUACUCAUUUGACGGCUUGGUUCAAAUUAAAUCAACAGGAACAGGAAGCAAGGAGCAUAUUAUACUUGGACAUUCCUUUUUACUAUGUCUUUGACUCUGCUAAUUGUACUUGGAAAUUACGUCAACGUGGUGCUGAAAAAGUGAUUGGACGAAUGUAUUCUGUCAACUUACCAUCGGAUCCAGAGUGCUACUGUCUUCACCUCCUAUUGCUGCAUGUUUCGGGUGCAGUAUCCUUUGAAGAUCUGAGGAGUGUAAAUGGAAAUGUCUAUCCCACUUUCCUAGAAGCUGCAAAAAUAAGAGGCCUCAUUAACGAUGAUCAAGUGUGGGGGAGCACGCUGGAAGAUGCUGUCCAAUAUCGCAUGCCUAAACAACUCAGGGAGCUAUUUGCAUAUAUCUGCGUAUUUGCCUCCCUACAAAAUAUGAAUGAACUUUUUCUAAAAUAUGAGCAAUACCUCAUUGAAGAUUUUGUUCGCACACAUAUCCGCCACAAUGAUGAUUGCACAGUAUGCCGUAACAUCGCACUAAGAGAAAUAUCCAACAUUCUGACACUCCAUGGGAAGAAGUGUGAAGAUUUUGGAUUGCUGUCCACACUGCCAAAUACUGACCUACUUAGGAAUACCUAA